CCCGUUCCGGUGCCGCCCGCCCGUUCCCGGCGGGGCGGAGCAGGGCUGCCCUCGGGGCCGCGGCGGCAGACGGGCGAAGCGCCAUGUGGCUGUACGCGCUGCUCUUCCUCGCCCUCCUCCUCCUCCUCCUCCUCGCCCGGUCCCCGUGGGGGGCGGGAGGCGGCCCCAGCCCCUUCGCCGCCGAUACCCGCCGCCCGCCCGCCCCGCUCGUCACCGACAAGGCUGCCCGCAGGACGGUCGUCAAGACAGUUUUCUCAGCAGAUAAAGUCCCCGAGGGGCUCGAUGCCAUCGUGGUGGGCAGCGGCAUCGGGGGCCUGGCAGCUGCCGCGCUGCUGGCGAAGGCAGGCAAGCGGGUGCUGGUGCUGGAGCAGCACGGGAAGCUGGGGGGCUGCUGCCACACCUUCAGCGAGAAGGGCUUCGAGUUUGACACCGGUAUCCACUAUGUGGGGCAGAUGCAGGAGGGCUCCAUCAUCCGUUUCAUGGUGGACCAGCUGACGGAGGGGCAGCUGGAGUGGGCUCAGCUGCCGGCCGUCUACGACACCGUGGUUUUGGGGGAGCCCAGCAGCGGCAGGACGUAUCGCAUCUAUUCGGGGAAGAAGGAAUAUUUCCAAGGCCUGAAGGAGCAGUUUCCCGGGGAGGGGGCCGCUAUUGAUGAGUUUGAGCGGCUGGUGAAGAGCGUCGGCAGAGGGACCAUGCUGGUGGGUGUCUUGAAAAUGAUCCCCCGGGUGCUGGCCAUGCUGCUGUGCCGCUCGGGGCUGCUGCCACGGCUCAGCCCCUUCUGCCGGCUGGCAUCGCGCAGCCUGAAGGAGGUGGUGGACGGUCUCACCACCAACCGCGAGCUCAGGGCCGUCUUCAGCUACAUCUUCCCCACCUACGGCGUGGUCCCCUCGAAGGCCAGCUUCUCCAUGCACAGCAUCCUGGUGAACCACUUCCUCCACGGUGCGUGGUACCCCAAAGGGGGGGCUGGGGAAAUUGCCUUCCACAUCAUUCCCGUUAUCCGCAAAGCUGGAGGAAAUGUGUUUGGAAAGGCACCAGUGCAGACGAUUCUGCUGGACGCCCAGGGCAAAGCCUGCGGUGUGAGUGUCAAGAAAGGCCAAGAUUUGGUGAACAUCUUUGCUCCUGUUAUCAUUUCGGAUGCUGGGAUCUUCAACACCUACGAACGGCUCCUGCCAGCGGAGGCACGGGCUUUGCCUGAGAUCCAGUCUCAGCUUCGCAUGGCAACACACGGCGAAGGGGGUUUCACCGUCUUCGUAGGUCUCAAUGGCUCAAGGGAAGAGCUGGGGCUGGAGCCCACCAACUACUUCAUGUACCCAGGAAAUGACCUGGAUGAAAUAAUGAAUCGCUACCUGGCUUCUUCCAGAGAAGCAGCUGCCAAGAACAUCCCUGUCAUAUUUGUCACCUGCCCAUCGGCCAAGGACCCCACCUGGGAAACAAGGCACCCAGGUAAAUCCACGCUGGCCAUCGUGACCUUCACCAAAUAUGAGUGGUUUGAGGAGUGGAAGGAUGAGCAGGUCCAAAAACGGGGAGACGAUUAUGAGGAGUUGAAGAAGACCUUUGUGGACACCAUCAUGCAGGUUGUCUUCAAGCUCUACCCUCGCAUCGAGGACAGGAUCGAGUACAUCUCUGGAGGGACGCCCCUCACCAACCAGCACUACAUCGCCAGCCCCAAGGGCGAGUUCUACGGCAUUGACCACAGCAUUGCCCGCCUGCAAGCCAAAGCCAUUGCUACUGUGAGGGCACAGACGGCUGUCCCCAACCUCUACCUGACAGGGCAGGAUUUGUGCCUGGGCGGCUUUGUGGGAGCCCUGCAAGGAGCCUUCAUCUGCGCCAGCGCUGUCCUCAAGCGCAACAUCUACGUCGACGUGGCACGGCUGAAAAAGCGCACGCAGGCUACCGAUGCUAAGAAGAGGGACUAACGCCUGCUGUCCCACCAGCCAGGACCUCCCUUUCCCCCCAGCCCACCGGAUCACCCCCUUAUUUUCUGCUGUAAAUCGCCUGUAGCACAUCCUUCUCUAACACGAAGCCAAAGGAUUACAGCCCAGGAACAUGCCAUUCCCAUUUCCAGCCAGCUUGCCUUGGACCUUACCCACCUAGAGCUCACCUCCUUCCACCACAACAUCCACCACUAGCGAGUAAAAGCCAGCGCUGAUCCCUGGCUGCCCUUUUGAGGGCAAAACUCUCCUCCCAGCAUAGGGAAGAGGUGCUCCAAGAGCUGCCGUGUGCAGCAGUGGCCAGGAGAGAAGUCAAGGCAACCCCAAAAACCAGGCUGCACCAGAAGGCAAAACACAACAGCUUCUACUAACAACACCCAUGGUCACUUGAUCCCCCGCAGUGUCCGAGAGCUGCCUGGACCAUCGGAAGAGCAUCAGCCUUCACCUGCAACCCCCAGACCUGCUGGGUCAAGGGGAGCAAGCCCCAUGGGGAUGCUUUCCCCCUUUCAGACAGCAGCUUUGGCAUCGAGUUGGGCUCCUGAAGCUUCACUGGGCUCGUUAAGCUCCACGUGGGGCUCGGCAGCCCUGGGGGUUGCGGAGGCAGAGGAAGCAGCGCCUCCCCAAGACGGGGCCGUGCACGGGCUUGUCCGGGCAGCAUCAGGCAGGUUUGGCAAACCCCUGCAAGCUGCUGGACAGGCACCGUCUGCAUUUCAGCAAGGGGAAAAAAAUCACACCAACCCAAGCCCCAUUGCUGUGUUUUAAUGAAGGUGCCCAGGUGAGGCUCACAGACAUGGUCCUUUAGGAAGGUGCCAGCUCCUGGCUCAAUGGGUUGGUGGAGUAAGUGGGUCCUUCUGGCAGGCCAAGGCCAGGCGUGAAGGGAUUUAAGCCAGAUUUAAAGCUCUUUAAAAGCAACGGUACUUGCUAGCUGUGCAGUGCUUUCAAAGUCAUACCUUGUUGCAGCAGAGUAGCAGGACUGUGAUGCAGCCCCUCAGCCCUGCAAUGCUGCUGAUAUUUUGGUGCUGCUUUACCCCCCAUCGCUCAGAGACGCGCGAUGGUGCAAACACCCACUCCUUUAGCAUUAAAAAAAGCGUAGCCUUUCUGUCUGCUGGGAAAAGCUUGGGAAGACGAUCAAAGCCCUCUCCAAAUGGGAAGGGAAGCACGAGACCAGAAAUAAAUAAAAUAAGCAUCUUGUGAUUCGCAC